AUGUCCUCCAAUGCUCCCAACGCUCCUGCGCCUGAUUCUCUGGACAAACGGAGUAGAACUGGUGUCACGCCAAAGAUUGAACCCCUACAGAGUGGCACGAAACUGGUUGGUCAAUCCGGGAUGCAUGCUAAAGAUGAAAGGAAAUACAUCCUCAAGAACAUCUUUCAUACCAGUGUUGCUAGUAGUUCAAACAGUUCAGUUCAGUUCAAAUUUGAGGCUGAACUGAACGCCCCACAAUAUGAAAAUGCGUGA